CUAAAUCAGACAAGAGAAAUGCACUUCACAAAACAACUUCUCCUUUUAAAAUCUGAUGUUUGCUCAUUCUGUAAAGCUGAGACCAGAAAUGACUGCAGGAUAUUUAUGGAGUUGUGUUUUUUUGCUGUUAUUUAGUUCCAUCAGGUCCCUGUGGGCAGCUGAAAUUUCCUGCAAAAGUGAAGAUGGUGACCCGGUUGAUUGGUUUCUUCUUUACAAGUUACCAAAGUAUAUAAGAAAAGCGAGUCCUGGGACUGGGCUGGAGUACAUGUACAUGGAUUCUUUGACGCAAGCUUGGCAAUUGAGUAAAUUCCUGAUCAAUAUGACACAAAGUGCCCUGGGGCAAACAUUAAACCAACUUUAUGAAGCUUAUAAAUCCAAGAAUGACAGCACUGCCUAUGUGAUAUACAAUGAUGAUGUUCCUCACUCAAAGCAUUACAGCUGGAAACAAGGACACACUAAAGGAUUUCUGCUCUUGGACAAAUCACAAGGUUUCUGGUGGAUUCACAGCAUCCCUCUGUUCCCUCCAUUUCCUGAGGAGGGUUAUGGAUAUCCACCAACCGGAAAGCAAAAUGCUCAGAUGGCCAUCUGUAUAACAUUCAGAUAUAACCAGUUUGCAGAAAUAGACAAACAGUUGUUAUGCUACAAUCCAAACAUCUAUAGCUGUUCCAUCCCUGACAUCUUUCACCUUGACCUCCCAAAUCUGCAAAAGCUUUGUGUAGGUUCUGCACUGCCUCUAAUCCCUUGGCGCCACCUCUCCAAACUCCAGUCAGCCCAAGGAGAAAACUUCCUCCACUUUGCUAAAUCACGCUUUUUUGUUGAUGAUAUCUACGUAGCCUGGAUGGCUCAACAGUUGCAGACAGAUUUGUUAGCAGAAUCCUGGCAGCAUGAUGGACAGGAGCUUCCGUCAAACUGCUCUCUCCAACACCAUGUCUGCAACAUAAACCUCAUUAAGACACCAUGGAAUUCCACUUUCAGUUCCUAUUAUGAUCACUCUAAAUGGUGUGUUUCCUGGAGAUAUGAAGAUCAGUGGACAUGCAUUGGAGACUUAAACCGUGCUCCUCAACAGGCUUGGAGAAGCGGUGGGUUCAUUUGUGCCCAGAAUCCGUACAUUUACAAAGCUUUGAGACACAUGAUCCUCCAUUACCAUAGUUGUAAUAACUCCCGAAGAUGGAUAUAAAUGAACCACAGUUCUCAAACACUGUAUGCACCUAUUACAUAGAGUAUGGAGAUUCCCCUCCAAUUCUGCUCUGAAAAAUGGCAUUGUAAGGUUCUGUGUUUUUUGCCUCUUGAAUCAUUUCUACAAUAAAAGUGCUCAGCUUUUUACAAGUAAAAAAUUUGAAUUUUUUACUAGCUUCUAACCCGGGAAGCUCAAUCAGGACUCUGAGACUCAAGCUGUAGUGUUUCCUUCUCUGACCUUUUCAACAAUAGGUUCUGCUUGUCACACGUACACAACCCCAUUGCCUUUGGUGUGUGCAUAGAUAUAACUGAUUGGUGCUUAGUAAGCAAUGCCAUUGAUGAGGCAUCAGAAGGAACAGAAUCCAGCUCACUCUCCAUAAGCUAUUUUGGUUGUGCAGGAUUAAAGGGCGUAAUAAACACUGCUGUAUAAAUUUGUCACUUGUGGCCUGCUCAGGUGAAGUUAAUGAGAAGUCACUGAAGUCAAUGAGAGUCUUUUCAUUGACUUCAGUGGGACCUGGAUUAUGUCCUAGAGUUAACAAAAAUGACUGAAUGCAAACAAGGAGGCAAGCAGACCUGUGGAGUAAGAAGGUGCUAGUUUUACACUUACUUUUUAGAGAAGAAAGACACUUUAAACCAUAAUUUCUCAAUUUUUCAGAGGUGAUUUUAGUGCAUGAAGAAGUUACUCACUUUGUGCAGUAAUGAUGGUUCUUUGAGAUAUGUCCCCUUAUGGGUGCUCUGCUCUAGGUGUGUUUGUGUCCCUGUGCUGCUGAUUGGAGAACUUCAGUAGCAGUAUCCAUUGUGCCUGCACAUGCACUGUCUCUCCUUGUGCUGUGCCAUGAGGCUAGUCAGCUCGUCCAGGCUAACCAUCCUCAAUUCCUUCUCUACCACCGAGUCAUAAACGAGAACUCCAAAGUAGAAGGGAGGAAAGUAGGUUGUGGAGCUCUCACAGGGGGACACAUCUUGAACAACCAUCGUUACUGCAGAAGGUGAGUAACCUCUUCUUCAAGUAGUGUCCCUAUGGGUGUUCCAUGAUAAGUGACUACUGAGCAGUACCCCUCCUGGAGGGCUAGGCUUUGGAGUUAAGUCUGUUACAGAUGAGAGUACUGUGGAGCUGAAAAUGGCAUCAGAAGCAGAGUCCCCAGUGAUCACAUAGUAUUCUGCGAAGGUGCAGACUGAUGCCCAUGUCGCCACCCUGCAGAUCUCUGAGAUAGGGACAUCCUUAAGGAAGGCAACAGAUGAGGAGAUUGAUCUUGUGGAAUGUGUACUGAUCGAGGCAGGAGGAGUCAUGUUAUGAAUUUGGUAGCACUGUCUAAUGCAAUUCAAGAUCCAUUUAGAGAGUCUUUGGGCUGAUAUUGCUGAGCCCUUGGAUAUUUCAGCCAUAGAAAGGAAAAGUCUAAGGGACUUCCUAAAGGCUUUUGUCCUAUUGAGGUAGAAUGCCAGGGCUCCCCUAACAUCUAAAGUGUGCAGUAUAGCGUCCCUAUUGUCUUGGAGAGGGUUGGGGUAGAAAAUAGGAAGGUGGAUUGACUGACUCAUGUGAAAAGGGGAGGUUACCUUAGGGAUGAACUGUGGAUGUGGCCUGAGUGUAACCUUAUCUGGAAAGAAUGCUGUAUAGGGGAUGCACCAUCAAAGCUACCAGUGGCACUGACUUUCUAAUCUGCCUGGGAGUGCUCAAAGCUCCAGCUCUGCCCCUGCCCCCACUCCACCCUUUUCCCUGAAGCCCCCACC